AUGCCCUUCCUCUCUGUUCUCCGGCUGGUGAUCUUUGUCCUGGCACUGGUGUUCUCGGUCAUCGCCCUAGGCAUCGCGGCGGAUCUCAUGAGCCUGACCGAGACCUACUUCAAUGUCACGCUCAUAUUCUGCAUAUUGGCCGUGGUUUCCGCUUCCCUAACGAUCAUCUCACUUCCUAUCAUGUUGACCCUCGACACUGUACGGCAGGGGGCUUUUACCUCCACUGUCGUUUUCGAACUGAGCUGGCUUUUUGUUCUCUGGGUUUUGUGGAUUGCCACCGCCGCGGAGGCUACGUACUCCAAUGGCCUGAUCUUCCCUUCUGGCUGCGGCUACAUCAAUCCCAAAAUCAACCAGGGAUGCCAAGAAUUCGCUGCCGUGCAAGGCUUCUCUUUCCUCACAUGGAUAAUCCUGAUGGCCUACACCAUCGUCCUCCUUGUUUUCGCGAUCAUAGGCACGUCUCGAGGCAACAAGGUCUGGCUGUCUUCCGUAAGGGAGAACAACUUCCUCCACCCUUCUGUGCAUGCGGAUAAGCCAAUUAUCGAGGAGAAAUAUCCUGCUGGCAACGUACCCAUUUAUGGAGUACCCACCAGCCCGUAUCAGCCUCCCAGGCAGCCGACGUCUCCGACGUUCAAUGCCCACCCCUCAAAUAUCUCGACCUAUCAGGGAACCCCGUCCCCUCACCCGGCGCAUAAUGGGCAGUCUGUUUAG